CUGCAACUUUCUCCUCUAUCAUGGCUAGCCCUCUGCUUUUUCAGGUUACCUGCGUGCUUGUGGUGCUGAUUGUUGGUUUUGGACAGAUUAUUCCCUUGGCAGAAGCAGAUAUUCCAUGUGGCUCGUUGCAACUCACUGUGGCACCAUGCAUAGGCUACCUAACGGGUCCUGCUGGUAGACCCAUCCCUGCAGCAUGCUGCAACGGUGUCAAGCGCAUCAACAACCAAGCCAAGUCCACCCCAGAUCGACGAUCCGUCUGCACAUGCCUCAAAAACAGUGUUUUGAGUGUACCUGGAAUCAAUGUUCCACGCCUUUCAGCACUCGCUAGGAAUUGUGGGGUUCACUUGCCCUACAAGGUCACCCCUUCCAUUAAUUGCAACACGAUACCAUAAGCAGUUUGCACAAGGGUUUACCCUUGGUGACGAUAUAUACUUAUUCGACAAUAAUAAGCAACAGAGAGGGAAUAAAGAUGGUUUAAAUUCUCCGUCGUCUGAAUCCCCCACUAGGGAGUAUUUUAUAUGAAAUGGGUGAUGAACUCCAUCUCCAUUAAUGUUAUAAUUAAUGUUGUUGUUUCUCCAAUGUGAUAUUGGAUUUUCUAUCACUAAUAUAUAUUUAUAUUUUCA